AUGGCCCUGGGUCAGUCUGCGGCAAAGCUUGAGCGCGAAAAGAAAGUGCAAACGGUCAUUGCUUUCGCCUCUAGCCUCACCUCACGCCUCGACAAGCCCCAAAAGCCAGCGCUAGUCACCGACCUGCAAAAUCACAUACGUCACCUGCCGCUCCAAGCUUCGCCAGCGGUGACCGCGAAACGCGAUGAGCUUGACAAACUAGGCACCGAGCUCUGGAACCUGUCCACACGAUUACGGCGUGAUGAGCCUGCCCAUGAUGGAAACCCCAAAGACGGAAACGCUCGUAAUAGCAGUAUUGUUUGCCUCCUGCGUGCAUACGCCUUCUUGCUGCUCGACUCGGCUGGCAGCCAGAUGGUCAAGGGUCGAGAGCGCAAGUCUUGCAUUCGACUAAUGAAGGUUGCGCUGAAAGCGGCGAAAGCAUGCAUACUAGGCAAAGAUCUGGAAAGCGCUACGAGGGUGCUCGAAAGGGCUGCAACAUACGAAGACAUCCUGAUUGGCAAAGGGCAACAUGGCGACAGUGAUGACGCUGAAAUCGCGAAGCGCCUGCGUCUUGAGUACUUUGCCAUACGGACUGUUUUAGCCUUCCGUCAAGACCGCCUCGAUAUGGCAGAGCACAUGUUCGCGAAGUGCAAGCAGAUCGACAGCAAUCCCACUCCUGAUACGGCAGAAGACAUAGCUGACCUGUUGUACGAGAUCGGAAAGCAGGCCUCGACGGAUCGCAACUAUGAAGCCGCGGUGAAGUGGCUAGAGCGUGCUUGUAACAUGCUGGGGGAGCAGGACCUUGGUAUACUUAGUUCUGAGGCUGUUGAACUAAGACUAUGCAUAAUGCAAAGUCUCGUUCAGGCGCACAUGAAGCUGGAGACGGCCAACGCAACUGACAAGGCGUGGCAUCUGGUCAAGCUCAUGGAGGCUGAUUAUGGAGACAAGAUGGCGGUAUCCUUGCUCAAAAUUGAAUUGCUUUCAGCAGCUGAGCACGUUGAUGAGGACGAGUACUAUCAAGUGCUCGCUCGGAUGAUCCGAACCAUCGUACUCAAUGACACCAACUUCAAGACACUGGUGCAUCACAUACAAAAGUUGAAGGACCUUAGCAAUGUGUAUGCGUGCAAAGCACUCGAUGACUUGAUAAAGACUCGGUUACUUCGAGAAGAGAACGGACCGUGGAUCGAGAAGGCUAUCAUCACUCGUAUUUGGCUCAGCACAAGUGAUGUCCACGCCGAGAAUGCUCUUGAGCAGCUGCAACAGGUGUUUGACAUUGUGUUGCAAGAGUCCAACUUCUCGCUUUCGGCUCCGGCAACUCAUGCUGCGCAAACGCUGCUCUGGAAGAAAGUCGAGGAGAUGGCAGCCCAAGAGCAGCACGACACGGUUGAAGCUUGGUGCCGACUUUGUCUGCAUUCUCUGCUCGAGAAGGCCGGUGCCCAGAACAAGGUCAAAAUCAUCCAGUCCGCACUUUCGCGACAGGAUUACACAGCUGCCCGCGAUGUGUACUGUGAAGUACCUGAGACUGGCCGAGACGAACCGAUUACAAGGUAUUUGAUGUACAAAGUAGGCAUCAGAAGUGGAGAUGCAGCAUUUGCUGCCGAGUGCUUAGAUGUUGUGUGUCGAAACUCUGCGAAAGAUGCGACGCUCCUCUAUGCUUGUGUUAUGGAGGCACAGAGCAUCGGCGACAAGCGACAGGCAAUCAAUGCCCUCGAACGCGUCCUGGACAAGUAUGACUACACCGCACCUGCUGGUAUUCACCUCCCUGCGCUCUUAAGGGUUACACUGAGGCUUCUUCAGUCGGAGUUCAUCAAGGAUGGUACAGUUGACCACGAGAUACUGGAUCAGUUAUGUGCAGUAUUCGAAGGCGCAUAUAACCAGGCCAAAGCAUCCCGACGCAGACCCAGCACGCCUGAACAACAACUUUUCACUGCACAAGAGCUCGAAUGGUUUUCGAAGAACUCGUACAACUUUUCAUUAAAGCACUGUGCUGAGAUACCUCCGCAGAAUCUGGUCAGGCUGCUGAACAUAUGCGCUGAGCUUCAAUACUAUCUCGAAGUACGCAAACAUUGCCAGGACUUUCGCCGUGCCGUACUCGGAGGUGCAAACAAGUUGAGCGGAGCAGCGCAAGACGACAUUCUAUCGAAGCAGCUACAGGUAGUGAAGCUUGAGCUCGAAGCUGCCUUGAAGUUGCAGAGAUGGGAUGAUCUGGAAGGUCUCUUUGAGCAAUGCUGGAGUUGCAAGAGCUCAGAUCGUUACGAGACACUUGCAGACCUGGUACUCGUCAUUCAUUCGUGCCUCGUACAAGCCAACGUUGAUCAUUCAUACCAAAGCAAAGUUCUAUCGAUGCUGCAGAAGAUCAUCAACCUGACAUCUCGACAAAACGGCAAUGAUGUCGUAAGACUCUCACGUUGGCUCCGAUGUCUCUUCAAUCUUACGCUCCCAUACGAUGAGAACAUCAGCCUCAAAUGCCUUGAUCAAGUCACGCAGAUUGCAGCAAAGAAGCAUCGGCAUACGCACCGAUCCGGUACUCCAUUGUCGUUCAUGGCAACCCCUCCACUAUCAAGUCCUGUAAAACUCGAAGAUGAUGCAGACUCAGCUGACGAAGAGCCCAAGCAACCCGAUUGUUACCCAGCUACAGAGCUUGAAUGGAUGGCUACGUCAUCUUUCAACCGCGCAAUUGACUACUACGUAGGAGACAAUGACGCAAAAUGCAAGCUAUGGGCCGAGAAGGCAAUGACAGUCGCGCAGUGGCUCGAGGACGAUGGAAAGCUCAGAGAUCUGCUGAUGGGGAAGUUUUCGGCCUUGCAGUUCAACAAGUAA